UUUCUCUCUUGUUAGGGUUUAUCCGCUAUGUAAUUCACGGGCGAGGGACACAGAGGGAAGCGCGGGAGAGGAGCGCCGGCGGUGCGCGGCGCGAGCUGCGAGGAUGUUGUCAUCGCUGCAAGCGCUGAAUGCGGCUGGAGCGGCUCCCUCUAGUCGCUCCGCUGCAUUCCAGCCAAAGGUGAAGCCGCGAGCUCGAAAAGCCGCUGCCGCGGAUGAAAAUAUCGCGCCUACACAGGAAUCAUCGCCUGUUCCACCUCCAUCGCCGACUCCGGCGGCGCCAGUAGCUCCGAUAGCUCCUCCGGCUCCAGUAGCAGCGGCAACAUCUGGGGCUCCAGCCCCCAGUAAUCCGCCAGCCGCCCUGAGAGAAACUCGAGGGGUAUCAUCGCGGAGCACGCAAUCUACAUUGCCUCCAUCGGCCCGAUUGGAUCCUUCCGGGCCUUCAACCUCUGCCGGGCCAUCGGCUUCUAGCCAGAAACAGCGGCCGCCUUCUGUGGUGCCACCCUCCACCAGCGAGACGGGUGAGAGCUCCAAGGGAAAAAGGAAGAGGGCGUCAGGGAGCCCAUCUCCACGCCAAAAGCGAGGUAGAUCUGAUAUCAAUGUUGACGAGGCCAUCGAUCCUGCGACGAUGACUAUGAAAGAUAUUAUCAAGCUUGCGGAAGCAAAGGAGAGGAAGAAGCAAAAGGAGGAGGCCGCUAAGAAGCAGGAACAGCGAGCCUCUGCUGGCGCAACCGAGCAGCGGGAUAGAGAGAAGGAGCAAGCGGUUCCUCUAGCACCGCAAGUCGAGGUCGUGGAUGGAAAGAUCGUUAUUAAUCAGCAGAGCCUGGAAGUAGACGCGAGGGCUUUCAACCAAGACGACGUUGGAUCCUACAGGCGCAUAGACGAGACAACAACGAAACUAAAUUAUCAUUCUUACAUGGACAAGAUCCCAAGGGAUAGAUGGAAGCCUGAAGAGACUGACAUGUUUUACAAGUCUGUUCAGCAGUUUGGCACUGAUUUUGCUGUCAUAAAAUGCCUGUUUCCGGGGAAGACACGCAAACAGAUAAAAGCGAAGUACAAGAAGGAAGAGAAGGAGAAUCCAAGGCGUAUGUCGCAGACAAUUCUCCAACCCAGGGGAGAUUUGGCUCACUAUGAGGAGCUUGUGAACAAGCUCAAGGCAGCAGCAGCCGCGGAAGCGACCGCAGAGGACGAGUUUGAUUUCACUUGGGAUAUCAAUGCUACCAAGGGCGCUGGCGAGCCCGUCCAGGAGGACAUGGCAAACGCUGAGCAUGAUGGUAACGAAGAGAAUGGAGGCAAUGGUAACGAGGAGGAUGAAUGUAGCUACGAGGAGAUGGUGAUGGAGGAAACGUCUGUGCCAAAGCAGGAGGAAGAGCGGCGAGAAUGUAAACCGGAUUACUCCGCUGCAACGCCACCACCGCCGGCCCUGUUUGCGUACGAGACGGAGCUCCCAUUUGCAUACACGUGACGUGACUGAUUUCAGAGCUAACGUUUAGGCAUUCAGAAUUUUUCUGUCCAAAUUUUUUUUGAGUACAUUCUCUAUUUUUGUUUCA